GAUUCUCUUCAUUCAUGGCUUCAGAGAAGAGUUUCAAGAAGAGAAAGAUCACCGAUGAUGUAGACGGAGGAGUAGGAGGAGGACUAGAAUCCCUUCCCGGAGAUAUCAUCGCCGACAUAUUCUCUCGGCUACCAAUCUCCUCCAUAGCUCGGCUUAUGUUCGUUUGCAGAUCUUGGAGAUCAAUUUUGACUCAACACGGUCGUGUCUCUUCUUCUUCUUCCCCGACAAAGCCAUGUCUUCUCCUUCACUGCGAUUCCCCAAUACGCAACGGUCUUCACUUCCUCGACUUAUCAGAAGAAGAGAAACGCAUCAAGACCAAGAAAUUCACAUUAAGAUUCGCAUCUUCCAUGCCGGAGUUUGACGUGGUAGGCUCUUGUAAUGGUUUGCUCUGUUUGUCUGAUUCUCUCUACAACGAUUCUCUCUACCUCUACAAUCCUUUCACUACAAACUCCUUAGUGCUUCCCGAAUGUUCCAACAAGUACCACGACCAAGAACUUGUGUUCGGUUUCGGAUUCCAUGAGAUGACAAAGGAAUACAAAGUGUUGAAGAUAGUUUACUUCAGAGGUAGUAGUAGUAGCAAUAACGGUAUUUACAGAGGUCGUGGUAGAAUCCAGUACAAGCAAUCAGAGGUUCAGAUCUUAACCUUGUCAUCUAAAACAACAGAUCAAUCUUUGUCUUGGAGAAGCUUAGGCAAAGCUCCUUAUAAGUUUGUGAAACGUUCGUCGGAGGCUUUGGUCAACGGGAGGUUACAUUUUGUGACAAGGCCUCGUAGGCACGUGCCGGAUCGUAAGUUUGUGUCUUUUGAUCUUGAAGAUGAAGAGUUUAAAGAGAUUCCUAAACCAGACUGCGGAGGGCUAAACCGGACCAACCAUAGACUAGUGAACCUUAAAGGGUGUCUUUGCGCGGUCGUUUAUGGUAACUAUGGAAAAUUAGACAUAUGGGUGAUGAAGACUUAUGGAGUCAAAGAAUCAUGGGGAAAAGAGUAUAGCAUUGGUACUUACUUGCCAAAGGGGCUAAAGCAGAAUCUGGACCGACCCAUGUGGAUUUGGAAGAACGCUGAGAAUGGUAAAGUGGUUCGGGUUUUAUGUUUGUUGGAGAAUGGAGAGAUCUUGUUGGAGUAUAAGAGUAGGGUUCUUGUGGCAUAUGAUCCAAAAUUGGGUAAAUUUAAAGAUCUUCUUUUCCAUGGUUUGCCUAAUUGGUUUCACACUGUUGUUCAUGUUGGAACAUUGUCUUGGUUUGAUACACCCCUUGAUUUAUGGGACAUGGGGUUCGACGACAACAACAACAACAAGGACGGAGAUGAUGAUAACUCCUCCUCCAGAACCAGAACCGACGACGACGCUCUCGCUAGACAGAUGAGCGAAUCUUCUCUUUGUGCUACCGAGGAAGAAGAAGACGACGAUUCCAAAUUGCAAUUGGGUCCUCAGUACACUAUCAAAGAACAUCUCGAGAAGGACAAGGAUGAUGAGAGUCUGAGGAAAUGGAAGGAACAGCUUCUGGGAAGUGUUGAUGUCACCAACAUUGGAGAGACUCUUGAUCCGGAAGUGAGGAUUCUUAGCCUCGCCAUCUUAUCUCCUGGAAGACCCGAUAUUGUUCUGUUGGUUCCGGAGAAUGGAAACCCAAAGGGCAUGUGGUUUACUUUGAAAGAAGGGAGCAAGUACAACUUGAAAUUCACCUUUCAAGUUAACAACAACAUUGUCUCUGGUCUUAGGUACACCAAUACAGUUUGGAAGACCGGUGUUAAAGUGGACAGAGCAAAGGAAAUGCUUGGGACCUUUAGUCCUCAAUUGGAGCCAUACAACCACGUGAUGCCAGAAGAGACCACUCCUUCUGGCAUGUUUGCUCGAGGAUCAUAUUCUGCAAGAACUAAGUUUCUUGAUGAUGAUAAUAAGUGCUACUUGGAGAUCAACUACAGCUUUGACAUCCGUAAAGAAUGGCCUGCGGUUUGAAACUCGAGAAUGCGAGUUUGUCUCCUGAGAUGUGUUGUCGGUAGAAGAAAGUUGUGUUUGUUUC